UUCAUUUUCAAACUCCGCGAAGGGUCUCUCUUCCGUCUUUUAUUCUGAGUCUUCACCGGCCGAAGACUUUAGCAAUAAACUAAAUAUUUUUCAUACUCUCUUGAAGUUUCGAUGGAUGCAGAUUAACGCAUUUUCUUAGCUUGAAUUCAUCGAUCUUGAUCAUUUUAGGAGGCCACAAGGAGCUCAAACCCUUUCAUUUCUUUCCCUGUGAUGGAUCGUCAAUCGGAGAAGGAUACAUAUACGAUCCGUGAAUUAUUGGAAUACCAGCCUCUUGAAAAAGAGAUGUAUACUUAUGAAGCUGAGAAGGAACGAGUGCAUUGCCCUUUGAAAAAGGAUGCCAAGGAAACCCUUCACUUUGAGGAUAACUUGUUUUUUGAAGCUGAAAAUCCAUUCUCAGACAUGAUGCUCAGGGAUCUACUCUUCACAUGUACUGCUGGAUAUCACAGCACAACAAAAAGCCACAUGAAACGGCGUAGAAUGUAUGUGCCUAUUAAUACGAGUGGUUUCUGUCAUUUCAACGUGAAAAAUCAAAAGGUGAAUCAAAGUUUCACCACAGAAAACAAGUUCUUGGAGUUAAUCAAUGAACCAUAUGAUGGUAAUCCUUUACUCACCAGGAUAACGUUAAAGACUUCUCAACUGCGAAACAAUUUCACAGGUUUUGAUCUAAACAACAAUAGCGAACUCUUCAGUCAUGAAAAACGCAAGAAAACCGUACAUCGUGUUUCAUCUUUUGUUAUGGCGUCCAUUGUUUUUCUUUCGGUUGCCAUGGAAAUGUGCAGCCAGUUAUCAAUCAUCCAGCUUCAGCCAAAAUCUGGCCCCAUUUUGUUUUUGUCCACAAUUCUCAAGCUGUUCGGUUUCAUGGCGUAUGUAUCAGCUACUGCAGCGAUGAUUGUUAAUGGUGCACCAUUCCCUGGGAUGCAGAGUUCAAUGCUAAUGUUUUGGGCCACUUUUAUGCUUGUCAAUUCUGCUAAAUCACUCACAGAAGUGUACCUUCCAUUAUUGGGAAUCAUUUUCACAGGCUGUUAUGUGCUCGUGCCAAGCGCCACCACCACAAUUACAUGAAGGUCAACAAUGAAAAUAAUAAGAAGCUGAGCUUCUAACUUAAACCAAUUUCUGUUAUACCUCCUAUAUAUAUAUAUAUAUAUAU